GAGCCGCGGGAGAUAGCGGGCGGAGCGGCAGAGGGAGGGUGGCCGAGGGUUGCGCUUAAUGGGAUUCGUCUCGCUGCCAAUUAUUACGCAGUUCAGUCCCCGCCAAGCCGUUGUGUGGUGGUGCUCGUCAUGGCGCGCCAGGCUCUCCUCUGCUCCCUCUUUAUCGUGGUGGCGGCAGCAUCGUCGUGGCCAGACCUCCGUGACCCCUACAAUGACCGCAGCAACCACCUCCACACCUUCCCAGAGCCUCUCCUCGGCAACCUGAGUGACAUCCGCUUCCUCCUCUGGACCAGGUCUAACCCGGGCGACGAUGACCACUACCGCCUGCUGCCCGGCGACGCGGCCAACCUGGACCAGUCCCCGCUGGACCCCGCGCUGCCCACCUACGUCAUGUACCACGGCUUCAGCGACUUCGGCCUCUGCGGGUGGAUCUUACAAGCAAAGACAGAGCUCCUGAGCCUGUACGAGUGUAACGUGCUCUCCGUGGACUGGCAGACGCUGGUGCUCUCCCCGUGGUACGACCAGGGGGUGAAGAACGCCUACAGGACGGCCAACUAUACCGCAUCCAUGCUGGAUUGGCUGGCGGCCGAGGUGGGGCUGCUGCCGGCACAGCUGCACAUCACGGGCCAUUCGCUGGGCGCCCACACCGCCGGCCUCACCGCAAAGUACGUCACUGCGGGCACCGUCGCCAGAGUCACGGGCCUGGACCCUGCCGGGCCUGCGUUCUACACUCAGCCGCCUGAGCGUCGCAUUGACAAGACUGACGCCGACUUCGUGGACAUCCUGCACACCAACUCUGGCUCGCUCCCGGAGGGUUGUAUCGCGCUCUUCAAGCCAGUGGGUCACGUGGACUUCUAUCCUAAUGGAGGGAGGCACCAGCCAGGCUGCGUCGUCAUCCCUGGCAACGAGGACAACAUAUUAGACCUCUUGGGGGGAUGCAGCCAUGCCCGGGUCACGGAGAUAUGGGUGGAGAGCAUUGUGGCCCUGCCCCCAGCGGAGGCCUUCACCUCCUGGCCCUGCACUGACUGGGACACCUUCUUUGCCGGGAACUGUUCCAGCUGCGGACAAGGUUGCUUGGAUAUGGGCUUCCACGUCCAAAGAGACCUGGAGGGAACCUAUUUCUUGCGCACCAACCCCUACUCGCCCUUCGCUCUCGGGGACACCCAGUGACAGGCCCGCCGCCCAGGACCAGAGACUCCCCGAGCGACAGCCAUACGCCGUUAUGUUAGGACUUGUUCACUGUUUAAACACUUCUCUAGAGA